CACACGGGUGCUAAAAGAAUGACCAGGGCUGAUUUUAAUAAGGAUCUUGCCUCUUGUCUUUCUGCCCUGGAUGGAGUAUCAGGAGUGGUGGCAAGUGAUGGAGGCAGCAGCCAGGACCAUCCAACAUUAACUGAGAGUGUGGCUGACAUUGACCAGGAAUGGUCAGCUGACAGUGGGCAAGUUGCCAUAGCAGUGGAACAACCCAUGCCUGACGGUGCCGUGUCGGGCCAGGAGAGGAAGAGAAUCCUGAUUUGUGGCCACAGCAUGGUGUUCUGGGCGGCCAAUCAAGCCAAGAGAACACAGUUUGGAUCCCAGCUGGGCCUGUGCGCUGUGGCCACGGUGGAUUGGCAGGGCAGGCAUGGUCUCAGAUGGCCCGGCCUGCUGCCUCUCCUGUUUAGGGGACGGAAAGGUCCUCCCCCACACAUUGUGGUCAUUCACCUGGGUGGUAAUGACCUUGGGCUGGUACAGGGCAAGGCCCUGUCGAUGCAGGUAGCUGAGGACCUUGAAUACAUAAGCAGCCGAUGGCCGAGUGUGCUUAUAGUAUGGUCAGAGAUGCUACAACGACGGGUUUGGUGGGAGGCCUUUGACACCAGGAUUGCCAGGAAUCCCAUUCACCUUGGACCUGAACAACCGCAGAAUCUUGACACCCAUGCCAUGGGAGCCAAAGGGAACAAGGAUACCAGUGCUACAGAGAAGAGUGAGAAAAACCUCGAAGACCCCACAAACGAGCAUGAGCCCAGCGUGCGCGUUGGCUGA